GCUUGGGCGCUCGGCGGCGCGAUGAUGGGCGUUAACAGCAGCGGCCGCCCGGACCUGUACGGGCACCUGCACUCCAUCCUCCUGCCCGGGCGCGGGCUGCCGGACUGGAGCCCCGACGGGGGCGCCGACCCGGGCGUCAGCACCUGGACGCCGCGCCUGCUGAGCGGGGUCCCCGAGGUGGCCGCCAGCCCCUCGCCCAGCUGGGACGGGACCUGGGACAAUGUCUCCGGCUGCGGAGAGCAGAUCAACUACGGCCGAGCCGAGAAAGUUGUGAUCGGCUCCAUCCUGACGCUCAUCACGCUGCUGACGAUCGCGGGCAACUGCCUGGUGGUGAUCUCCGUGUGCUUCGUCAAGAAGCUCCGCCAGCCCUCUAAUUACCUGAUCGUGUCCCUGGCGCUGGCCGACCUCUCGGUGGCCGUGGCCGUCAUGCCCUUCGUCAGCGUCACCGACCUCAUCGGGGGCAAGUGGAUCUUUGGCCACUUCUUCUGCAACGUCUUCAUCGCCAUGGACGUCAUGUGCUGCACGGCCUCGAUCAUGACUCUGUGCGUGAUCAGCAUUGACAGGUACCUCGGGAUCACCAGGCCUCUCACUUACCCUGUGCGACAGAAUGGGAAAUGUAUGGCAAAAAUGAUCCUUUCAGUCUGGCUUCUCUCGGCCUCCAUCACUCUGCCCCCGCUCUUUGGAUGGGCUCAGAACGUGAACGAUGACAAGGUUUGCUUGAUCAGCCAGGACUUUGGCUACACGAUCUAUUCCACAGCGGUGGCAUUUUACAUCCCCAUGUCGGUCAUGCUGUUCAUGUACUACCGGAUUUACAAGGCUGCCAGGAAGAGUGCUGCCAAACACAAGUUCCCUGGCUUCCCUCGUGUGCAGCCCGAGAGCAUCAUCUCUCUGAACGGCAUGGUGAAGCUACAGAAGGAGGUGGAAGAGUGUGCGAAUCUUUCUAGACUCCUCAAACACGAAAGGAAAAACAUCUCCAUUUUUAAGAGGGAACAGAAGGCAGCCACCACCUUGGGGAUCAUCGUUGGGGCCUUCACCGUGUGCUGGCUGCCCUUCUUCCUCCUCUCCACAGCCAGGCCCUUUAUCUGCGGCACUGCCUGCAGUUGCAUCCCGCUGUGGGUGGAGAGGACAUGCCUGUGGCUGGGCUAUGCAAACUCUCUUAUUAACCCUUUUAUAUAUGCCUUCUUCAACCGGGACCUGAGGACCACCUACCGCAGCCUGCUCCAGUGCCAGUACCGGAAUAUCAACCGGAAGCUCUCGGCUGCGGGCAUGCACGAGGCCCUGAAGCUCGCAGAGAGGCCAGAGAGACCCGAGUGUGUGCUAACUCUGACUACUGUAGAAAAAAAGGUCAUGAUUCAUGAUCCAAAGCAGAAUAAUGGAGAUGAAUUAAACAAGGCAAAACAGGUGGAAACUGAACGAAGUUAUUUGCCAAGACUGCAAAAUGGAAUGCGGCUCUGCCCUUUCUCAGGAUGGCUCAGACGUCACAAACAGGGUGAUCUGUGGUACAGAGUAUAUUAUGGGGAGACGGUGACUUCUUUGUUUUUCUGUGGUUCAGUGCUAUUGUGUGCAAAUGAAAAUAGUUCUCAGCCUGAUCAUCUCAGCAGUCAGCACACUGACAGAACCGAGUUCUGGAAGGGCAGCAGUUUCUGGUGCUUUGUGUAUGUGCACAUCCAUGCAGGUGGGAGAAGGUACCAGCGCACCUGUCCCUUGCUUCUAAUGCUAGGCAUUGUGGUGAAUAUUCAUGAAUCAUUCAUGAACCAGAAUGUGUUUUGAUCUAUGACAAAAGAGUGUCUUUCCAGGAAAACUGUGGUAAGCAUAGUGUGAGUAUGUUGCAUGUCCAUGUUAGAAAACAAACUCCAGUCAUCAGCUAAUACAAAUGAUUUCCCCAGAGCAGUGUUUGUUUAAAGCUUCUGUCGAACAGUUUGGCUUUUCUGCAGGGUUCUGUGAUUUCCCACUCUUUGUUAACUCCCUCAUUGUUACCAUAUAACUCAGGAACAGGCCUCAGGAUGAGGGAAGCAGAAAACCUGAGUUAAUCUUUUUUCUUGCACUUGCACUUCUGAGGAGUCCUGGGAAGUGGAGGGAUUUCUUUUGUGAGGAUUUUUACUAGGAUGAGGAAUGAGCAUUCCCUAACUGCAUUGUAUAUUAAUUAACAUGCUUAUUGGCAUGUUGUUUACUCUCACUUUAUAUGAGGGUGUAAUGAGCCCAUGCCUCUGGUCCAUAACCAUCUGAUAUAAGGAAAAAUUGUGACAAAAAUAGGUUUCCAUAAAUGUUUGUGGUGCUUCUGGAGAUGGAGCGUAAACAUAUUCAUUCAGUAGAGUUAUGUGAAAUGGGAGGUUACCUGGACCACCACUGGGAAAUGAUCUAGAACCCCACUGUUCUAUCUAAAGAACCUGUUUUCCUGUUCUCUGUAUCUUACAUCAAAUGUGUUCCUGGGUAAUUCUGUCCUGUUGCCCCUCCCCCUUCUCCGAUAAAAAUAGUAACAUUAUGGGCAGGUAAGGGAACAGAAAUGGUCCUUUUAGGGGACAGUAGCAUUUUUUUUUUAAAUUAGUACCAAGUCUAAACUAAGGACACAGAAAGACUGUAGAUCAGGAAGUACCUCUAACCCUUAGUAGAAAAUGAGUGCAAACCGUCACUGAAUAAAAGAGAACUGGAAGAGAAUAUUAUUUACUACAGUGAAAGCAGCUGUCCUCUCAGAGGAUAAAGCAGAAUUCCGCCAAGGAUUUUGGACUUCUUGCAACUGUCAUUGACAUUGCUUCUUACCAGGUAUGGGGAAGGGCUGCCUGCAAGGGGAGCCUGACACUGUCCUUUCAGACAAAGCUUGUACAAAUUCCCAUACUGCAGACUUGCUAAUGUGACCAUAUAAACUUAUAUUUACAAUUUAAAUGGUUAAUUAUGGUCAGAUACAUGUUGUUACAUUUAAAAAUGUUUUAUUACAUUACAUCAAAUAAAGGUUAUUUGUAGCUGUAAUAAAGCAACUUAAGUAAUUGUUUUUAAUGAAAAGUCUGAUGUCGUGUGUUGUGAUAGGAAAGAUGGCAGAAGAUGCUAAAAUUCUAAUAGCUGACAGUGUUGUGCUAACUUCAGUGUGCGGAUUCAAUCCUAUAAUAACAUAAUUUUAAAGUAAUGACUUUAUUUCUUGAUUUGAUUGAUGGACAUUUAUUGGGCUCCCACAUUGAGCACCGUAGGUAUUGAAGGAAUGUAGACAUGUCUGACACAGUCUUUACUUGUGAGCAUUUACCCAGGUAGAACACAGACAUACCCCACAGUGUCACAAUAUAGAAUAGUAAGUACUGUGUUUAUUUAGGUUUUCAAAGAUGUUUGUGUAAUUUUCUAUUAAGAAUUUGAUUAUUCAAGUUGGCUUUUAUCCUGCCUGACUUGCCCAUGUUUUGAACUGUGGCCGCAGGGAGGAAUGGACUUCAUGAGUACACUGCACUUCAAGUACAUGAAAGUGUGCUCAAAGAAAUGGUAGCAUUUGAAAGGAAAUGAAAAAAAUUCCCAAUAAUGAAUACAUAUAACAUAAUUUGUGCUAAAGGUAUAGCUUUCAUUUUAACUAAGAGUUGAGAAAAAUCAUUGAUGUAAACUUAUAAAUUUUUGUGAUUUUAAAAAUGAACAUUAUGACUAAUCUCUCUUCUCAUUCUGGGGUAUCAGCUGUUGUCUUCUGGCAAGGCUAAGUUUUGGAAAGCCAUACUUAGGAAGUGAAGUACUUAGGUAAAUGAAUCCCCGUUGCCUUAGUGCUUAGUUUUAUUUUGUAAAUAUUAAACAGGUGGCACUCAUACAGUUCCUGAAUUUUAUGGAAAUUGUUUCACAAGUCUUCAAACAUGUACCAUGGUGUUUGAGAUGCUUAUGUAUGUUCUAGACUUGGUGAUUAUAUUUUUCAUUCAGUCUCACUAGGUUCAUUGAUUGCAGAAAUAAGAUUGACAGUAGGAAUUUAAAAUGCAGUCUAUUUUUCAAAUAGUUUAUGCUAAUAUAAUUGAAUUUCCAUCUGGAGGUGGUGGGACUUUUCCUUUCUGUAUUUCAAUUAUCAACUGAAGCCUCAAUUUAAUGGAUAUAAAAUAUAUAAACCUUAACUUAUUUCAAAGAGUCUGUAUUCCUUCAGAUCUCAGAACCUUCACACAAACUUUCCCCCUCUGUCUGAGAUAAUCUUCUUGCUCUCAGUUAUUUUUUGAUAUAUGCCUUUAUCAUUGCUCAGUGAUUCUUUAAUGGCAGAGACUUAAUCCUUUUCCUGAUCAAUAUGUUCUUUUAUGUAGCAUUAAUUAUUGGAAUAUCUAUAUCUAUACAUAUAUAUAUAUAUAUAUAUGUAUAUACAUAUUGUAGACUUGCAAUAACUAUUUCUUAAUGGUACUGUUUUUAAUUUUCAUAUGAGGAACUGAGGCUAAAUGGCAUGACCAGUGAGUGGCAGAGGAACUGGAAUUAAGCUCUUCCACACACACCAUUAGUCUGGUCUUCUAUAUGGUGCUGCUUCUUUUGCAUGAGUUCUCGUAUCAAGAGAACGACAUUUUCUUAAUUUUCUGCACUAGUGGAGCAGAGCUGGGUACGUGCUAUGGCCCGUAUGUUGAAAAGUAUUUAUCUACAGUUAGCCAGAUGGUCCUCAACAGCAGACAGAGAAGCCAUUUGGAAACUUUCAGAGGGUCAUCACAUUCUGAAAACAUUCAGAGCAAUGCAGAUAGGGAUGCUGUUAUUUACUCAAAGCUUACAGUGAGGAACACCAUGUGAGAUAUUAUGCAUAAACAUGCAAACUUUGAGAACCAGGUGAUAUAGUUCCCAGGCACAGAUUUAAUUGGAUGGCUUUUUAAACUCAUAUUGUGUACACAUUCUCUGGAGAAUAAAAACAGCCUUCUAACAUAAAAAUGUUGCUUUAUAGUUCCCUGCUAGCUUAAAUAAAAAAUUUAAAAAUAUUUGCUCAGGUGGUAUAGGUUAGAAAAGAAAGAUGUGAUCAACAAAGUGUAAAAACCAAAUGUUCUAUGGCUAGUGUGAAAUAGAGAAGUUGACCAGUAGAAGUAGCUUUGAAGAUAGCAGUUCAGUUGAGAUGUAGGCAUUUUAAAGAAAGGUAAGAUGAAAUAAUUAUACUUGUGCUGGUAGAGGGGAGAAGUGGUAAUCCAAAGCAUCAGAUGGUAAGAAAUAUCUGGAGUUUGUCUUUGAUGUGUAUUAUGUAAUAUUUUUGGUGGCAAAUUAUCUUUCUUAAUUACAAUUCUAUUGAGCUAUUAUCAAAAUGUUCUAUAUUUUUUAAACCCACACAGUCUAACAGCAGGAGAGUUGGUUCAGAGCUACAAUGAUAGGCAGCAGAAAGUCAGCUGAAGAUACAAAAUCUUUCAUUGAUAAUUCAUAAUUUCAGUAAUACACUUAGAGGAAAAUGAGGUAAGACUACACCCACAGAGAAUCAUGGCACUAGAGAAUCUCAUGGAUGAUCUAUUUCAGUCUUCUAUCACCUUGUAGAGGCAACAAAAUUUUCAGCAACAUCUGUGUUUUAUCUAAAUUUCUUUAAGGAGAAUAGUAUAUAGCAGUGCUUUACAAAUUAUCUUUGAUGAAUUGUUAUUUUAAAAAUCUGUUACAUACCUGUUCAUUUGAAAAAUAUGAGCAAAACAUAUUCUAAGAAAAAUAUACAAAACAUGUAGUAUAGAGGACUGAUGUUUUUCUUAUUAGCAUCAAUAUAAAUAUGAUCAGAACAGACAUGACAUGGAGGGAAAAAAAUCAUGAAAAUUGACCAUUGUUCACUGAAAGAGAGCAGCUGCUGAACUAGGAAAACGUAGUGGUCCCUCUGUGAUGAAAUCACUGCAGCAUACUCAUUCCCUGUACAGGCAGGAUAUCAAGUUUGCAAGGCUCUUCUGUAGCAUGCUGUGAUGAGGGGGCCCUAACAAGAAGUACAAGGACUGCUAAGGAGCAGCUUGUCCCCGACAUGAGCCCCGGAGCAGAAUGAUACAGAGGAGCUUCAUGUUUCAGUCCACGCUCUGAAAUAGCCAUGAAUCAGCUUCUAAAUUACUGCAAAAAAUUCCCCCAGGUUUUUUCUCUUAAAAGACCUAUAGUUAGAAUUCCCAAUGCUGUUCUAAAAGUACUGAAAGGUAUUUGUACUAGUCAAUUUUCCAAUCAUUGAGACACAAUACCCAACACCACAAAGAAAAGGGCUAAAUUUAGCUUACGGAUUUGGGGGAUUCAGUCCAUUUAUCAGCUGGCUCCAGGGCAGAAACAUGGUGGAAGGAUGUAACAGAACAAAGAUGCUAAUAAUGGGCGGGGAGCAGAGUAAGGGAACAGAAGCAGAGAGGAAGGGCUGAUGGGCCAGAGACGGACCCUAAGGCCACAUCUCCAAGUGUGCUCCCCCAAUCACCUGGGUGGAUCUCAAAGCAAGUCAAGUUGCCACUCCAUCUUAACCACCAUAAUAUUUAAUUUAGGGUAAAUAUGUUAACUGUGUUGUUCCCAAGCAAAGAGAUUCCUAAAUUUUAACAGUGUCACCGACAAAUUUUGAAGGCCACAGAUAAUGUUAUUAGAAAGGUUUCUAUGGAGUGAUCACAAUAUUUAUAUCUGAAAAAUAUUGUUUAUAAAGCAAAAUCUGAGUAAGAUGUGUAGAUUCUUGGACUCCAUUUUAAGGCAUUCUGAUAUGUUAUAGUCUGGGGUAGGGCGCAGAAUGGAGAAGCCAUUUAACCAACCUCCCCUGUGAUUCCUAUGCUGCUGAUCUGGAUUCCAAAUGUUGAGAAUUUCUGGGUUUUUUUCAUUUUAAAAAGAUUAAGAUAAAAGAGGACAUAACAAAAAAGAUCAGAACAGAACAAUUUAAGCAACAUACUGUUUCACCAUAAGACAACCUGACAUAACAGUAGCUACCAUAGUUUCUCUUUCCUUGAAAGUUGAGUAUACCCUCAUACGCUAUAGUAUCAAACACAACAAAGUAGUAUAAAACCAUUCAAGAGAAUGAAAGUAUUACAGGGUAUUCAGAACCAACUAACAGAAAACAAACAAUGGUUACUUUAUUAUCUCCUUGUCCAUAAAAAAAAUUUGUUUAUAUUAUCACACAUAAUAAAAUCCAAUAAGAUACAACAUGAUAGAACCAAUGGAGACAGAAGAACAAAAGCAUGGUAAGACUUUAAAACAAGAUGAUAUUAAAUCAGCACUGGAUAUUAUAAUGUCUUGUUUUCUUCAAAAUAGCUGUUCAUAUCAUCACAGACAAUAAAAUCAAGCAACCCAGAAUAAAACCAUUCCAACCAAUGAGUGAAAACAUUAUAAGGCUUCAAAGCAAUAUAAUGGGGAAUCAUGAUUACCAUAUACUUUUAUGUAUUCUUACCAUUUCUUCCACUAGGGAGACUAUAUGGUAUUUAUACAUGUGAGUUUGAUUUUUUUCACUUAUGAGUAUGGUCUCAAGCUGCAUCCAUUUAUUUAUAAAUAUCAGAAUGUGAUCAUUCUUUAUAGCUGAGUAGUACUCCAUUGUAUAAAAAUACCAUAACUUUUUUAUCCAUUCCUCAGUUGAUGGACACUUAGGUUGUUUCCAAGAUCUGGCUAUUACAAAUUGUGUUGUUACAAACAUGGGUGCACAUAUAUCACUGUGGUAUGAUGUUUUCAGUUCUUCUGGGAAUAUGCCUAGAAGUGGAAUAGCUGGAUCAAAUGUAACUUCCAAUCCCAGCUUUUUGAGAAAUCUCCACACUGACCUCCACAAUGGUUGCACCAAUCUAUACUCCCACCAUCAGUGCAGGAGAAUUCCUUUUUCCCCACAGCCUCUGCAGCAUUUGUUGUUGGUAGAUUUAUUGAACCUGGCCAUUCUUUCUGGAGUGAGACGGAAUCUCAGUGUGGUUUUAAUCUGCAUUUCUCUAAUGAGUAAUGAUGAUGAACAUUUUUUCAUGUAUUUAUUUGCCAUUUGCAUUUCUUCAUCUGAGAACUGUGUAUUCAUCUCAGAUGUCCAUUUUUGGCUUGGAUCUUUGAAUUUUGGGGGUCUGAUUUUUUUAAUUCUUUAUAUGUUUUAGACAGAAAUCCAUUGUCUGAGGGGCAGUUCACUAAGACUUUUUCCCAGUUUGUGGGUUUUAUUUUCACUAUGCUGGCGAUUUCUUUUGACAUGAAGAAACUUUUAAUAAGAGGUGAUCCCAGUUAUUGAUUCUGGGAAGUAUUUCCCGUGUGGUUUGAUUCCUGUUCAUGAAUUCUCUACCUACUCCUAUGUCUUCGAGGUUUUUAUCCAAUUUUUCUUGCAACACAUUUAAUGUUUCGUUUUAAUAUUCAAAUCUUUGAUCCAUUUAGAUUUUAGUUAGUACAUGGUGAUAGGCAUGAGUCUAUUUUUAGUUUUUGGCAUAUGAAGGGCCAGUUUUUCUAGCACCAUUUGUUAAAGAGACUCGUUCUUCAAGUGAACAUGUUUGGCCCCUUUAUCAAAGAUAAGGUGGUUGAAUGUGUUUGUAGAUGUGGUUGUAUCUUCUAAUGUAUUCCAUUGAUCUUCAGAUCUGUUUUUACUCCAGUACCAUGUUGAUUUUACUACAGUUGCUUUGUAGUAUAACUUCAAGUCAAGGCUUGUGAUACCUUCUGCCUUGCCUUUGCUGCUUAGAAUUGUCUUUGCUAUUAUAGGUCUUUUCUUGUUCCAGAUGUAUUUUAGAGGUAUGUUGAUGGUAUUUUUUAUUGCGAUUGCAUUGAAUCUGUAUAACAGUUUUGGGAGAAUGGGCAUUUUCACAAUAUUUAUUUUUCCUAUCCAUGAGCAAGGGAUGUCUUUCCAUUUUCUGAGAUCCUCUUUGAUUUCUUCUUCAGAAUAUUAUAAUUUACCCUGUAUAGAUCUUUCACUUCUUUUGUGAGAGUAAUUCCUAAGUAUUUCAUUUUUUUGAAUGCUAGUGUGAAGGGUGUGGCUUCUCUUAUUUCUCUCUCCAUGACUUUGUUCUUAAUGUAUAGAAAUGCUAUUGACUUUUGAGUAUUGAUUAUGUAUACAGCUAUAUUGCUGAAUUUAUUUAUUAUAUCUAAGAGUCUUUCAAUGGAGUUUUGGGGAUCUUCUAUGUAGAGCAUCAUGUCAUCUGCAAAUAGUGACAAUUUAAUUUCUUCUUUUCCUGUCUUUACCCCAAUUAUUUCUCUCUCUUGUAUAAUUUCUCUGGCUAGUAUUUCCAGUACUAUAUUGAAUAGAAAUGGUGAUAAGAGACAUCCUGUAUCUUGUGCCUGAUUUUAAGGUAAAGGCCUUCAGUUUUUGGUUAUUUCAUAUGAUGCUGGCUGUUGGUUUGUCAUAGAUGGCCUUUAUCAUACUGAGGUAAAGACCAUCUAUUCCAAUUUUCUGUAAGGUUCUUAUCAUGAAUGAAUGCUGAACCUUCUCAAAAGCUUUCUCUGCAUCUAUAGACAUGAUCAUGUGAUUCUUACUUUUGGCUUUAUUGAUAUGAUGGAUUACAUUUAUUGAUUUACGUAUGUUGAACCAUCCCUGCAUGCCUGGGAUGAAUCCCACUUGAUCAAGGUGAAUAAUCUUCUUGAUGAUUUGCUGCAUCCUAUUUGCCAAUAUUUUAUUGAGGAUUUUUGCAUCUGUGUUCAUUAGGGAGAUUGGCCUGUAGUUCUCUUUUUUAGUUGAGUCUUUCUCCAGUUUUGGUACUAGAGUAAUAUUUGCUUCCAGGGAUGACCUAGAAAGGAUUGCUUCCCUUUCAAUUUCAUUGAAGAGUUUGAGGAGUGUCGGCAUUAAGUCUUCUUUGCGUUUCUUGUAGAAUUCUGCAGUGAAUCUGUCUGGGCCUGGGCUCUUUGUAGGUAAGGACUUAAUUACAUUUUCAAUUUCAUUAAUAGAGAUUGGAUUAUUCAGCAGUUUUACAUCCUCUUGAUCUAGCUUUGGUACUUCAUGUUUCUAGGAAUCUUUCUAUGUCUUCUGUGUUAUCAAACAUUUGAGAGUAGAGGUUUUCGAAAUAGGUGUUGAUGAUCUUCUGUAUUUCUAGAGUCCGUAGUGAUUUUGCCUUUUUUAUCCAUAUUGCAUGAAUUUGAGUUUUUCUCCCCUUUUAAAAAUAAAGUUGGCUAGGGUCUUAUGAAUUUUAUUUAUUCUUUCAAAGAACCAACUCUUUGAUUCAUUGAUUCUUUGGAUUGUUUUCUUAGUCUCUAUUGCAUUAAUUUCUGCUCUGAGUUUUAUGAUUUCUUCCUUUCUUUUGGCUUUGGGCUUGCCUUGCUCUUCUUUUUCUAGCUGUUUGAGGUGUAGCAUCAGGUUAUGUAUUUGUAUUCAUUCUGUUUUCCUGAUGUGGGAACUCAGUGCAAUAAAUUUUCCUCUGAGGACUGCUUUCAUUGCAUCCCACAGAUUCCGGUAAAUUGUAUUUGUAUUUUUGUUUGCUUGUAGGUAUUGUUUAAUUUGUUCUUUAAUUUCCCCUGUGAUCCAGUGAUUGCUCAAGAGUGUGUUAUUCAAUUUCCAUGUGUUUGUGGGAUUUUUGCAGUAUCUUUUAUCAUUAAUUUCUAAUUUCAUGGCGCUAUGAACAGAUAUCAUGCAUGGGAUAAUUUCAACAGAUUUGCAUUUAUUUAAACGUGUUCUGUGAGCUAAUAUAUUGUCUGUUUUAGAGAAUGACCCAUGUACUGCUGAGAAGAAUUUGUAUUCUGAUGUUGUUGGACGAAACACUCUGUAUAUGUCUGUCAAGUCCAUUUGUUCAUUGGUGUGAUUCAGUUCUUUUAUUUCUUUUGUUAUUUCAGUUUCUGUUAUUUCUUUUGCUGAUUUUGUGUCUGGUUGAUCUGUCCCUUGGUGUCAAUGGUAUGUUAAGGUCUCCUGUUAUAAUUGUGUUAUUGCUUAUUUGAUUUUUCAUUUCUAUUAAUACUUGCUUUGUAUAACUGAGUGCUCUGGAAUUUGGUGCAUAUAUAGUUAAGAUUGUUAUCUCUUCCUCUUUAAGUUUUCCCCUAACCAGUAUGUAAUGACCUUAUUUAUCUCUUCUGAUCAUUCUUUGUUUGAAGUUCACAUUGUCUGCAAGCAGAAUAGCUAACCCUGCUGUUUUUUUAGGUUCUUGUUGCAUGAAGUAUUGUUUUCCAUCCUUUGACUUUCAGUCUGUGAGUUUCCUUUUGGUUAGAUGGGUUUCUUAUAGACAACACAUGGUUGGAUGUUGUUUCUUAAUCCAUUCUGCCAGUCUGUUUCUUUUAAUUGGUGAAUUGAGACCAUUUACAUUAAUGGUUAUAACUGUUAUAUAUUGGUUUGUUGACAUGUUAUCUUUCUGCUGUUGCAUCUUUAUCUUUCCAUUCUCUCUGUUUAAUUGUCUGCUUUGCUUCGGGUUUUUUCUAAAUGUAUCUAAACUGUCUUUCUGUAUUCUUUGCAGGGUUGGCUUGGUGAUCAUGAAGUUCUUCAGCUGUUCUUUGUCAUGGAAGUAUGUUGUUUCUCUAUCCAUUUUCAAGGACAGUUUUGUAGGGUACAUCAGUCUAGGUUGGAAAUCAUUUUCCUUUAGGAUCUGAAAUACUUCAAUCCAUACUCUUCUUAACUUCACUGUUUGUGCUGAGAAGUCUUCUGUGAUUCUGAUAGGUUUUCCUUUAUAGGUGAUCUGUCUUGUCUCUCUAGCAGCUUUUAAUAUUCUAUUCUCAUGUUGGAUUUCUGGGAUGGUGAUUAUAUAUUUGGUGUAGUUUCAUUUUGGUUGUGGCUAUUUGGAAUUCUAUAUGCUUCACUGAUCCUAAUGUCAGUUUCCAUUCUCAUGUUUGGGAAAUUUUCAGCUAUUACUUCUCUAACUAUCCUCUUGACAUCCUUUAUGUUCUCCCCUCCUUUUUCGUUUAUACCUAUGAAUCUUACGUUGUUUUUCUUUGCAUCAUCUUGCAGAUGUUGAAUGUUUAUUUCCUGAUUCCUUGUUAUUUUUAAAAGAUCUUUUCUGUCCUGUUCACUAGUUGCAAUUUUGUCUUUGAGGUCUGAAAUUCUGUCUUCACUUUUGUUGAGGUGGUUUUUACAACUUUCAAUGGAGUUUUUGAUUUCCUGUAUAUCUCUUUGACUCUGCUUCAUGUAUUCUGUUUGUUUCUUAUAUUGCUCAUCCAAGGAUUCUAUCUUUUGGCUUUGUUCCUCUAAUUGUUUGACUGUGUCUUAUUUAGAUGUGUUCAGUAUCUCUUUAAUUACUUUAUCAUUUCCUGUUUUACCUGGGAGAUUAUUUCUAGUUUGAAUCCUUUUAAAGCUUCUUGGAGUUUCUUUUUUAUUUCAGUUGCUAUUAUUUCAGGUAUUUCAUGUGUAUGGUAUGUAUUUUCUUCUGUGUACAUAGCUCCUAAUCUUUCUUGGGAUGGGUUGGGGGUUUGAGAUUGCAUUUCGGUCUUUUAUUUUGUCAUUUUCCUAUAUUUCCCUGUUUCAAGUGUUGUUCCAAGGCUUCCCCUGGGCCUGUUGGAAAUCGUCUUCUAUGCCCUCAGCCCCUGGGACUCUGGCUGCCCAAUUUCCUGGCUUUAGAGAUUGUCACUGAGGAUGGCUGAGGCAGGCUGAAAAUCUACAGAUCCAGAGCUAAUCAAGUGUGGCAGGAAUCUGGAAGGUUCCUCUGGCUGUCUAGUUCCCUGGAUUGAAAGAGGGUCACUGGGGGUGGCUCAGGCAGGCCCAAGACCCGCGGAGUCAGUCAAGUGUGGCAGGAAGCUGGAAGGUUCCUUGACUACUGGGAAUGAUUAUCUUAAACUCCCAGGGCUUGGGAUGGUGCGCAGACACUCACCUCUGGCUGCCCAGUUCCCCAGAUUGAGACAGGGUCACUGGGUGUAGCCCAGGCAGGCUGAAAACAUAUGGAGCCAGAGCUGGUCCAGUGUAGCAGGAAGUUUGCUAUCUUGCUAUCUUCCUCUAUGAACAUUCUGCCAAUAUAUUUGAAUAAUCAAAUGAUGGGAAUAUUGUUAUAUGAAGUUUUAGGAUCUAUAUAUGUUCAUGAUGCAGACACUUGAGAGCUAGUAUUUCUUGUAUCUUUUUAAGUUAGAGCCUCUGAGUAAAGUUACUCCUCUGCUGGCCAUGGACCAAGAAAUGCAGAUCUAAUACAACUUCUCAGCCUUGUACCCAGUGAAGAAUCUGCCUUUGUUCUCAAGGAUUUCUCUCCGCCAUUUUCCAAAAAGCCACAGCUGUCCAUCAAGGCCACCGAAGACAUCUACUGAGAAUUUCUGUUUCUAAACAUGCUGUCAAACCAAAUUACCUAACCAAUUCAGUAUGCUGUUAAUGUUGAAAUACAUAGUCACAUGGAAUGAUUUAUAGAUCCUUUAUAUAUGAUUAUUGACUCUGGUCACAUAGAAAAAUGGAUACACCUUGAGAUCAUAAUGUUAAGUGAAAUAAAUCAGACACACAAGAUUAAAUAUUGCAUGGUUUCUCUUAUAUGAGAAACCCAAACUAUAAAUAAGGAGUAAAAUAAAAGAUAGAUAAUAGGAAGUCGGAAAAUAGAGCUUUCUCAUAGGGGAAAGGGAUCAUGAGAUGAAUGGGAGGUGAGGAGAUAGAAAAAGGAUUUAAGGUCUGCUGUGUACGUAUACCGACUCCCCACAAAGAAUGUCAUCGUUAUGCACAAUAAACAUUUGUAAACAAAAAAUACAUACUGUUGCUACCAAAAGUCCAGGGAGCUUGUGGAAGAAUAUAAUCCACAGAUCAUUUUAGAUUGUUUCUUACUAUGAUACUUAGGUAUAGAAGACUACGUAAACACUUCUCCUUGAAUGCAGAACAACUGCUGAAACAGUUUAAUCAAGUCUUAUUUCCCUAUAAUGAUUUGUACAGAGUUGGCUAUGGUCUGUCUUGCUUUCUUCAAUUGGCUCUGAGCAAUGCAAGUAAGGCUCGCUGAAGUUCUGAUAUUUACUAUCUGGAAUCAUUCUGACAGUCUCCUAUUUCCUUGCACAGUGCUCUCUGUAAAAGUUAAGCUCAGGGGGGUUGCAGAGCCAGUCAUCUCCAGGAAUGUCAACUGGGUAUGCGCCUGGAAAUAAAGAGGCUAUGACUCCCUAGGGCACAGAAGUUUACCUAUCAGAAACUGAAGCACCAGCCUCCAAAUACAGUUGAAUUGCUACCUUAAUUAAACAAUGCAGUGAUCCUUCUGCAUGUCAUUCACCCUGCAUUUCUCCUUAUCUGGCUAGCCAGCUCAAGUUACUUGCAUAGUUCCUGUCAUCCAUGCUGCCACUCAUUCUUGAGUCACCCCCUUCUAGACAAGAUCAUAAAUUCUGGAAGAGCCUUGGAUCAAGACCUUUGUCAGCAUGUCCUCACUUGGAUCAGGUUUAAGAAACCUUGGCUGCCCUUAAUUUUGAACAUGUCUUGAUGUCUUUACCCUUGCUGUGGAUUGCAUUGGAGAUAGAUUGGAAUUAACUUCCCAGGAUUCCAAUAAUGUCUCAAUGAGAUUACAAAUGUAACUUUUGGAUUGUGAGGAGGACUGAAAAAGGGAUUACAAUACUUGGGUGUACGAUACUUAAAGCAUGUUAAGAUGCUUAACUUCUUCAAUUUUUGUUUUUGCUGUUUACAUGUUUACAAUAAAUGUAAAUUUCUUUCUGACUUGA